AUGAGUAACGAGAAAGAACAAGGGCGCCCUAACUAUUAUGAGCAGGCAAAAGAAGAGUACAAGGAACUAGCGGAAGAUGAAGAUCCAGACGUUUGGGAUAAAAGAAUAAACGCCACGGGUUGUUAUAUUGAGAAUCUUGCUUUACAAUUAUGCCAUGCAGAUACGAAUGAUUGGCGUCAAUGCUUCAAAGAGAUGGAAAUGUUCAAAAAGUGCUGGCAGAAAAAUGGGAAUCUUGAAAGAGUGCCAACUGUUGAUGUUCCUGGUUUCUCAACGUUCCCUAAAAAAUGA